CAUGUAUUCAUUUUUGCAACAGGCAUCCAAGAAUUCUAUAACCGGCCCCUACGUGUAAACACUUUGGGCCUAGUUAAUAAUUCAGGUGGAUAAUCACUAUGCGUACUAUUCUGCAGUAAGGUCGAUUAUUUAUAAUCGUUUACAUGUGACGAAUAGAUGUCAAUAAUGGAUUUUUACACUAGCAAGACGAUUCCCAAUGUGCACUGCCCACCACCAAGGAUCUAUCUCCUGUUUCACAAUCCACACCAUGUUACCACUUUCUACUUUCCCAUCUACAGUCGUAAUUCAACUCUACAUGUCACACCAUUCCAGAAAAUACGAUUCAUAAAUAAACUUGAAAUCCGCGAUGGUAACUCACCGACCGGACGAAAUCAAAACUUCCGAUAAACCAGACAAUAUUGCACAAGCAUCCCAGCCUGCUCGCAACGCUUUGCGAGACCAAUCUCAACGUGGUAAGUCACGCUUGCUUCUACACUUGCUAUAUGCUCAAAACAGUCGUAGACAUUACCACUUGGAUCAGGGUCCUGUAUGUGUUUUGUUUUGCCGCCCAGGCCAACAGUAUAUUUCGUCUGUAUCAGAUACGCCAGGAAUUUGAUACGUGGGAUAAUGCUAGUAUCCGGGAUAAGGUGAAUAUUGUUUGGGGGGUUGUUAGCAUGGCUGCGAUGGUUGUUUUUUCUAGCUGCUACGUCGUGAUGGAGCUUCGGGGGAGAAGGGCAAUAAAGAAAAGAUGAGUAGUUGAGCGGUGACGAAUUUCGAACCUGUCACGUAUACUAGUAGCAAAAUCUUAAAAUUGGUUUUGUUGGUAUGGGCAGAAUGGGCUGCGUAUAGGCAGAAUACAUCUCCAUUUCGUCAAGCACGGCGUCUGUUGGAGCAUGUCGAGCCUCCAAGGGCAUGAUCAUACAUGGAUGCCCCCAUAUAGUUACCGAUACAUUGGGCCAAAACUAACUAGUUCCCAUGGGUUAUUCUUCUAGCGGCUAUCACGCAUACUGGA